AUGAACGGAAACGGCAUCCCCGCCCCCCCGCGCCCGUCCGCCACCCAGAUGUCCAUCGUCUCCCCCACCAUCGCCCCCAUCGCCGUCCCCAACGACACAAACACCCUCCCCUCCAUCCAGAAACUUGCACAGGCAAACGAACAGACGUGGCUUCUCAUAGGCCGCGUCGCAGAGCAGAUGGGAAAUCUAGAACAGGCGCUGUCUGCCUACGAGAAUGCGCUGCGUCACAACCCGCUUUCGCUUGCCGGCCUCACCCAGGUCGCGGGCAUCGCUCGGAUCAAAGAGAACUACCCAAAGGCUGUCGACUAUUUCCAGCGCGUUAUCAGCAUGCAGCAGGAGAACGGCGAGGUGUGGAGCGCCCUCGGCCACUGCUACCUCAUGCAGGAUGAUCUCCAAAAGGCCUAUGCCGCGUACCAGCAGGCGCUCUAUCUCCUCCCAAACCCAAAGGAAGACCCGAAGCUCUGGUACGGCAUCGGAAUCCUCUACGACAGAUAUGGCUCUCUGGACCACGCCGAGGAAGCCUUCGCUUCCGUCCUCAAAAUGGACAAAGCCGCUCUAGACUUUGACAAAGCGAACGAGAUCCUCUUCCGUCUCGGCAUCAUCUACAAGCAGCAAGGCAAGUAUUCCGAGAGUCUGGAGUGCUUCGACCGCAUCCUGCGCAAUCCCCCCAACCCUCUCGCACACGCCGACAUCUGGUUUCAAAUCGGCCAUGUCUUUGAACAGCAGCGCGACCACAUGCAUGCGCGGGAAGCCUACGAACGUGUUGUCGUAGACAACCCCAAUCACGCAAAGGUCCUUCAGCAGCUCGGUUGGCUGUACCAUCAAGAUGGCUCCAGCUUCCAGAACCAAGAAGUUGCCAUUCAGUACCUAACAAAGAGUCUCGAAGCGGAUCCCACGGAUGCGCAGAGCUGGUAUCUCCUUGGUCGGGCCUACAUGGCCGGCCAAAAAUACAACAAGGCGUACGAAGCGUACCAGCAGGCCGUCUAUCGCGACGGCCGGAACCCGACGUUCUGGUGUUCGAUCGGCGUCCUCUAUUUCCAGAUCAACCAAUACCGAGACGCGCUCGAUGCGUAUUCCCGCGCAAUCCGCAUAAACCCAUACAUAUCAGAGGUGUGGUUCGAUCUCGGUAGUCUGUAUGAAAGCUGCAACAACCAAAUUUCCGACGCGAUCGACGCAUAUGCGCGCGCGGCCGAGCUCGACCCGAGCAACACCGCGAUUACUCAACGCUUGCAGCUUCUUCGCACCGCGCAAGCCACGGGUAGCGCUCUCCCAGCCGCGCCUGGACCGCAGGAUGUCCACCCGACGGCGUAUGCCAACUCGCUUAUGCAGCCACAUGGUCUGGGUGGCCCUCCGCUCCUAAUGCAGCCCGGGGCAGGCUCGCGUCCCCCUCCGAUCUUCCGCACGGACUCGAGAGGCCCCCCUGGAGAGCUUGCGCUGCCGAUGCCCCCCCAGCAGAUCAGCAAUGGACGCUCAUCGCCAGGCCCAUUCAGAGGUGGCCCACCACCGCCGGUCGUGCUCGACGACAACCGUCACAUGCCCUCGCACACCCCGCUUGCCCCGAUGGACGUCGACCGCCCGCCCGUUCACGCCCGAGAGGCGUCUGCUCCCUAUCCCCCCUCUGCUCGCGAGAAUGGCCCCCGUGGUCCCGCCGGCCAGUCGCUCCUCCUGCACCACCCUGUCCCUCAACAACAGCUGCCCACUGAGUCUAUCCGGGGUGCAGCGCAUGGACAAGGGCAUCAACACGAGCCUCCCUCUGCGCGCUACCGCAUGCACCAGUCUCGCUCGCCUUCGCCACAACCGCAUGCGCUGCGUCCUGCGUCCGUCGCCAAUGGUCGCCCUGCGUAUGCCGAGGGGCGCCCGCCCGUGGGCCCCGGUCAGCCACCAAUGUCGUCUCGUGGCCGCUCGCCGCCCUCGUAUCGCGAGCAGGAGCGGGAGCCGAAUUGGGACCGUCGUCUAGUGCCCGUCCAGGUCGUUGAGCAUGCGGAUUGGGAUCGGCGAGGGCGGCCUGGGGUCGAGUAUGCGUCGCACCAGCAGCCAAUGUACGUCUCUCCGCCGCUGCCCCAGCGCGCGCCGUCUCCCCGUGGCCCGCGCGAGCGCAGCGUCGAGAUGUCUCCUGCGGCGCACCAUGCGUAUGCACGCCAGUACUGGGACGCGCGCACUGGGCUCCCGUCGGGUCCAGCUGUCAUCGCCCCGCGGUCGCCCAUCAUGCACGAACAGCCGGGGCGGCGAUAUGACCCGCGGUACGACGCGCCGUCGCGCGAGUACGAGCGUCCCCAGAUGAUGGACGCGCGCUCGGACGGUCGCUAUGGGUCGCCCGAGGUCGUGCGCGCGCGCGACGUGCCCCCGCCGUCGGCGCAGCCACCAUUACCGCCACAGCCAACGCCGUACGCACGCACGUCAGAGAGCCCGGGGCUGGUGUCGGCUCAGGCGAGCGAUGCGAAGGACCGUAGGCGGCGCGGCGCGAAGGACAAGGAUUCGGAGUCGGUCAGCUCGGGAUCUGUCCCUGCCGCGGAGCCACCGAAGAAGGAGCGCAGGACAAGGCGGAAGCGCGUGAAGGAGGAGCCCGCGAGGCAGGAGACACCAGGCUAUGGCGGUGCGCCGCCGCCGGGGUACAGGCAGGCGAAGGACAGCCCGGGCCCAAGCUCGAACGCGUCUGGCACGGGCUCGGUGGGCCGCUCGGUGCAGCCGUCACCUACGGGCUCGGCGCACCAUCCACCAGCGAGAGUCGUAGAUGAGGACUAUGAUGAGGGCGUUGCGGAGAUGCUGAUGGAGUUCGCGGCGUACCGCCCUGGAGACCCGCGCGGGUACCCCCCGCCUCCCGGUGCGCCCGUCGGGGGCAGAGGACCCCCGCAGCAGUCGCCGCACGUCGCGCACCGACGGUCGUCCCUGUCGUCACGCACGACCCCGCCGCUAGGCACGAAGCGCGCGCUGAGCCCAGGGCCGGGCGGCGCAGAGGAGCGGGACGGCGCCGACUACAAGCGGUCGCGCGUCGGGAGCAUGAACAGCCAUCGCGUGUCCCCGCCGUCUGGAGGACGACCGACGCCCACGCCCUCGGCCAUAUCCCCCGCGCCGUUCCGCACGCAGUCGCACGCGCACCCGUCGCACUCGCCAGAGACCAGGCAGCCCGCAGAGGCGCGCUCGUACCCGCCCAGCCCGUCGCUCCCGACGAUGUUGCCGCCACAUCCACGCCCGAUCGGCGCGUCCGGCCAUGCAGGCAUGUCCCUCCCCCCGAUGGCGCGCUCGUCGCCCCCGCAUUCAUCGCACCAGUCGACAGAGGAGGAGCGCCAUGCGCGGUCGGUGUCGCCGCUGCGGCCGAAGCGCGAGAUUGUGCUGCAUCAGGCGGCGCCAGGGCCCGCUGGGGGCUCGCCCCCCGGCGCGAAAGGCACGCCAUCUCCAUCAUCGACGACGAGCAACGGACGGACGGCGCCGAUACCCUGA